CGUGUAUGCGGAAGAAAAAAUUGCACAUGAUGGCGUUUUGAGAGAUUUUUUAAUUUAGUUUUGGAGAAAUGAAACAAUACAAUUUUUUGUCAACAGCAACCUUUCCUUUUGCAUCAGUCAGGAAAAGACACUGAAUUUUCAGGAUGCGUUUGUUUGCUCUGUUUCCUGUGGUUUGGUGUGGAGCGCUUGUUUUCUGUCAGGAUUAUUGUCGGGUACAGGAUGGGAAAGAUGGUUUGCAAGGAGUUCCCGGAAGGGACGGCAUGCAAGGACCAAAAGGAGAAAAAGGACAACCAGCAUUGCAGAUAAAGGUCAACAAGAUUGCUUUGGAUGAAGUCAAAGGAGAGUUUGGCAGCAGAGGUCCACAAGGACCCCAAGGUGAAAAGGGUAUGAUGGGGCCGAUGGGUAAACCUGGUGGCCCUGGUUCCCCUGGUCCUAAGGGUUCUACUGCAUCUAGUGGACCGGGUAACAAGCCCAUCCCCAGUCAGACACCGGCCUUCUCUGUGCUACGAUCUGCAAAAGAUCAUCCUCAACAUAACCGACCUGUGAUCUUCGAUACCCAACUAAGCAACGUCAAACAAGAUUUUAACCUCCAGACGGGCAAGUUUACCUGCAGGGUUCCCGGGGUGUACUACUUUGUGUUUCACGCAGUGUCUGAAGGACGCUUAUGUCUUAGGCUUAAAAGUAACAGUGAAACUCCUGCCAGCCUCAGUUUUUGUGAUGUUCACCCACAGUCACGAGUUCAUGUUGUGUCAGGUGGCGCUGUACUCAAACUAGCUCAGAGUAAUACUGUAUGGAUUGAACCUUUCAAGGAGAAUGCAGAUAAAAAUAGCAAUGAAAUGUCCAAAAACUCUGUAAAGGGUUCUACAGUGUUCAAUGGAUUUUUAAUCAAUCACAGCGCUUAGUGCAGACAUGAUUACAAACAGUUUGAAUGACUUAUUGUGAAAUGUAAAUGAAGCAUCUGCAUUAAACUUGCAUUUAAACAGAGCUCUAACUUCUCAUAUAAAUGUAUCCAAUGAAUUUCAAUAAAAACUAUACAACCGAA